AUGUCCCUUGACUUUGAUAGUGGAGCUCUACAAACUCAACAUGAAGAGGAAGAGUAUGACCAAGAGGAUUAUGCAAGAGAACAAGAGUUGCAACAGCUGUUGACAGACCUUCCCCAUGAUAUGCUGGAAGACAGUGGAGACCAGCUCUCCAGCUAUUCGGACAGUAGCAUUCAUGAGAAUGAAGAGCAAUCACAUGAACCUUGGAAGCAUGAUGGAAGGUGGAAUGAUCAUCCGUUGAUUACUGAUCCUCAGAAUGGUUAUGAACAAGGACAAAAUCUAUUUCCUGACCAGUUACUGUGUGACCAGCAAAAUAACCAUGUUGAAAAACAUUCCAAGAAAUGGAAUGGCCUAUGUAAUGAUGAAGAAAAAUGCUUGUACGAGAUUAAGGAAGAUUACUGUGGCCAAAACAGUCAAGAGGAUCCUGAUGAUGUAUAUCUUGGUAGAGAUGGAUAUAACGCUCCAAACUGCUACCAACAGAGCAAUGUGUAUCAUCUGCCAGAAAACUUCAGGCCAUAUAUGAAUGGCCAUAAACCAGAACUGAAUAAUAAACAAAGUAAAAUAGUACUUUUUCCAGAUACUUCGAAGGACCAUCUAAAGCAGUUUGGCGCGUCUGAAGUUGUUAGCAGCCAAUCUGUAGAAUCUUACAAAGUGACAUAUAAACCGUAUCAAAAUGGCAUUCAACAAAAAGUUCCAAUGACCCAAGAAGGAACCAGAAGAAAUGAAGUGUUUGAAGAUUUGCAGCAUGAAUUUCUGGGCAGUGAUGAAAAUUCUUCAGAGAAUAUGCAGAUUAUUCAACUUCAAGUUCUAAAUAAAGCAAGAGAAAGACAACUGGAAGAACUUAAUGAAAAAUUAGAAGAGAGUGCACAGCAGAUUAGGUAUUUGAAUCAUCAACUUUCAAUGGUCAAAGAUGAAAAGGAUGGUUUGGCUGUUAGUCUUCGUGAGUCUCAAAAACUCUAUCAAAAUGGAAAAGAACGGGAGGUACAUCUUGAAGGUCAAAUAAAAGCACUUGAAACCCAAAUUCAGACUCUUACUGCCAGUGAGGAACAGCUACUGAAGCAGUCCAAAGUGGCAGAGGUAGCCAUAGAAAGCAUGCAGAAGCAGCUGUUAGAACUUCAGCGGUCAGACGCCCUUCAGCGAGCCAGAGAGCAACAUGAAGCUGUUAUUUCAGCACUCAAGCAAAAGUAUGAAAAGCAAGUAUUAUUGUUAGAGCAGAAACUUGAUACUACAAACUCCGCACUCCGAGAGCAGAAUGAGCUUUGCAAUCGCUUAGGAGAGCAUGUUAAGCAACUUGAAAAAAUGCUAGAAGAAAACAAAUGCGAAAAAACCGAAAUAAUAAACCGUCUGACAAGGAGCCUAGAAGAAAGCCAAAAGCAAUGUGCAAACUUAUUGCAAACAGGCUCGAUUCAGGAGACAAAUCAGUUACGGCUUCAAUUGCAACAAGCUCAGUCUGCACACAUGAUAAGCAAUAACAUGAACAAGGCUUUGCAGGAAGAAUUAAUGGACCUGAAGGAAGAAAUAACUUUGUAUGAAUCUGCUGCCAAGCUUGGAGUGUUUCUGAAUGAUGCAGGUGGAGAGCUGAGUGAAUCUUAUGUAGAUUUGGGGAUUAAAAGCAACUGGAAAAAAUCAAGAUUCUGCAGUGCAAUACAAAAUAGAGACCUGGAUAAAGAACUCUCUAAAGAUGAAAUUAUCAUAGAAUUAAAAGCUGAACUGGAACGCUUAUUGAGCAGUAACAAAACGAAGAGAAACAAGAUUACUCAAUUACAAAAUGACCUUAAAGAUUACCAGAAAGCAUUAGAGGAAUCCAAGCAGUUGCUGAAAGCAGAAAAAGCAUCAAAAGCCUCAGAGCCUGUGAAAAAUCUGAAUGAUACUUUAGUAGCUACUCCAUCUGUUUCUGAUCAUCUUAAGGAAGAGGUUCUGAGACUCAGAAAGGCUAAUGAAAAUUUGAUGCAGGAAGUUGAGAAGCAUGCUCUGACUAUUGAAGAACUGAAAGCAAGUGAGGAAAAGCUGAAAAAUUCAAAUCAAGAUCUCUGUUAUCAGAUGAGACAGAUGGUUCAAGAUUUUGAUGAGGAUAAACAAGAAGCUAUUGACAGGUGUGAAAGAAUGUAUCAGCAACAUCAUGAGGAUACAAAAGCUCAGUUUGAGAAAGACGUUGUGGAGAGAUAUGCUGCAGAAAAACAGCAGCUUAUUCAAACUUACGAAGAGACAAUAUCACAGUUCAAGGCUGACAUGGAAGAGCUGAACAGCGAGAUGACUGCAGUGAAGGAGUUUUAUAUAGCAGUCUGUGGUGAGAAGGACACCUUGGAAACUACUUUAAGGCAGAAAUUUGAGGAAGAGCAGCAGCUGAAAGAAGAGAAGCUUAAGAAACAACUACUAGAAGAGAAAGAAGUCUCACUUAACCAUCUGAGGAUUGAGCUUGAAGAGAAGUACAACAAUUCUAUCAUAGCAGCAAAGAACCAAUGGCUGAAAGAAAAAGAAGUUUAUAUUAAACAGCAGGUUGAAAAGGAAGUUGCUUUAGCCAAAGUCCACUGGGAGAAGGAAGAGAAAGAGGAUAAAGAACAAGUCAUUGCAAAAGUAGAAGGAGAAUGGCAAAGCAGACUGGAAGAAACAAGAAGAAUUUUAGUUGAAUGUAAUGACUGCAGCAGCCAAACUGACCAAGGAACAGUUACGGAUGAAACUUUAUCUAAAGAAUUAGCAAGGAUUGUUGAGGACCAGAAGCGGCAGCUCCAGAAGGCACUGAAAGAAAAGAUGGCCUCUGAAGAGGCCUUAAAAGAACUUGAAAUAGAACUGGAAAAUAAAUACCGUAAAAAUCUCGCCAGCCAGGUAGAUGCAGCUUUAACCCAAGCUCAUGCCAAGUGGCUACAAGAAUUAACAGACCUCAAAGAGUAUAAAGUAAAUCUGAAAGCAGAACAAGAAAAAUGGGAAAGGGAACACAAAGAGACUGCAGCAAAGCAGUUAGCUCUAGUUCUCUCAGCUGCUGAAGAGAAAUGGAAGAAAGAAUUUGAUAAUACAGAGAAAUCUGGACUGAGAAUGAAAGAACUUGAAGAAAAGGUGCUUUCUCUCCAAAGGGAAUUGGAGCUAAAGAAAGAAGAAAUCCCCGCAAUUAUCAAAGCAGAAGUAGCAAAAGCCCGGGCUCAGUGGAACAAAGAAAAGCAAGAAGAAAUCCUUCAGAUUCAAGAGCAAAAUGAAAGAGACUACCGUUCAUUUUUAGAUGAUCAUAGAAACAAAAUUAAAGAAGUACUUGCAACAGCAAAGGAAGAUCUUGUAAAGCAGAAAAAUGACCUCUCUAUACAGAAAGAGGCAGAAAUAAAGAUGUUACUAGACCAGAAGCAGCGAGAAUGGGAAGCUCAGCAAACAAAGAGACUUCAGGAUGAAAUUAUUCAAUAUGAGGAGAGGACAUUGUUUGAACUUGAGUGCUUGCUAAGAGAAAUCCAUGAAGAACUAGUCAACUGCACAAAAAAUGAGCCUUCUUGGAAGGAUAAGUGUUUCAGCACUCCCAUUCAAUUAAAUCAGCAAUGCAAAGAGAAAAUAAAGGCUUGCCUACAGAAGGCCUACAGAAGCACAGUUUACACAGUCCUGGAAAAGGCUGAACAAGAAUGGAAAGAGAAAUAUGAAGAACUGCUGAGUAAGGUAAAUGAAAAAAGAUACUCCUGUGUGCAAAGUGGUGAAGGAGAAACUGGGGACAUGGCAAGACCUUCUGUAUACAGUGUUGGACACCAAGUAGAAAUACAAAGAAUGCUAAGACAACUGCCGCCUUCACAGGAAACUGAAACAGAUAAAAAUCAGAAGUGUAAGAAAAGGAACUUUUGGUCUCAUGAAGAUUUCUGCUCUGAAUGCUGCUGCCAAGAGCUUGAAAAAAAGGAGACUGUGUGCCAGGAUUUGAAAAAAAAGUUGGAGAAAGCCUGCAAACAUCUUCAACUUGCUGUAAGGGAGCACAAAGCUAAGGCAGAACAAAUCCAAGAAAACGAGAAGGCUCUAGAGGCUCUAGUUGCAGAAAACUCUGAGUUGAAGAUUAAACUCAAAGACCUGAGAACACCGCCAAGGUCACUGUCAGAGGGUGCCAUCUCAAAACCUUGUACAUCCUGUGAUACUGUAAAAGGGCUGGAGGAAAUGCGUGUUCAGUACAUUAAAGCUGUGAGCAAGAUUAAGAGUGAUAUGCUUUGUUAUAUCCGUGAAAGUAAGGAGAGAGCAGCUGAAAUGAUUAAAGCGGAGGUUUUAAGAGAGCGCCAAGAAACUGCUCGGAAAAUGCGCAAGUACUAUUUGACGUGCCUUCAGCAGCUUCUUACUGAUAAUGGGAAACACGAAGGAGCUGAAAAGAAAAUAAUGAAUGCUGCCAGCAAGCUCGCUACAAUGGCUAAAGUCCUUGAAACGCCUGUUCGACACAUACCCCAAAGCAAAGCUACCCACUCAGCUCUGCUAUUAAAUUCUGAUCUGCCAACUGGAGUUGAGCACUCAAAAAGAGAUUUCAUGCUUCAAACUAGGCCAAACCAUAUGGAAAGCAGAUCAUGUGCUGAAAGUACUACCCAAAAAGCCAAUGAUAAAGUUGUUCAGAAAUGUGUACCGCAUGACUUGAGAGAGCAGUUUGAUGCAGCGCAGACUGAAACACAGUAUGUGCUUCGUGAAGGAGUGACCCCAGGUUUCCACAAUGGGAAUAAUUCUAAAAACCUACAUGUUACUUCAAGAGAUGUUUUGUCAGAGUUUUAUCCAAAUGAAGAUGGAAGAAGAGAAAAAUACAGCCCCAUCGUAAAUGCAGACAAAGGACUGUUGUGUGCAGCUAGCAAUAUAGCAAAUCAGAGUAGCCCUCCAUCUACUUCUCGAGUAAAGCUAGGAACUAAGCAUACAUCCAGCCGUAUGAACGGCCUUGCUAUCCCUGGGCCAACUCAUUGCAUGCUUGAGAGCCAAAGUGAAAGAACAGUCUUGAAAGAAGAUAAAUGUAACCAGCUGUGUGGAAACCGGAAGACCACAUCUGAAAGAACUCAAGAUUUUGAUGUUCAAGGAACUCCAGAAAAGGAUGAAAGAAGCUGCAGUGAAUGGAGUUCUGUGAAUGGAAGUCUGCACCUGGAUAGUGGCAACAUGUCUUUGCUGUAUCCUGAACAAAAAGCUGGUACUAGUGACCAAGCACAGAUUGUGUAUUGUGAAGAGUUUCCUCACAUCAAGUCACUCUCCUCUGCAGAUGAAAAUGCUAGUACUUCUGAGAAAAAACCUACUCAUGACAAGAUUCUUGGCACAAAAAACAGCAUAAAAGUUUACAGUAAAGACCAUCUGAAAGUGAACCUAGAGCAUACUGCAUUCCUGAACUCGGACAAAUCAAAUCCUGCUGUCACGCAACUCAGUGCAUCACCAAAUUCAAAUGUAGGAAAAUGCUGCAACCAAUAUUUGAAGAAAAUGGUGCAGGUUCCCCAAUCUUUUCAAGAAGAUAGUGGUUUUGAUAGCCCACUUUCUAACUUGAACUGAUAUCAGCGGUUCCCAGUUUUGUGUGUGUGUGUGUGAGGUGAAAUAAUAUAUUUAAAUAAAAGCUUGAGGAAUGGGGAAAAACCUGAUCAAUGUUACACAAUUUGAGACUGUUACCUGAAGAAAUGCUA